AGACACAAGGAGGGAGGGACGACUUUCACUUCUCUCCUGGACUCUCUCACUUCAGUAGCGGCUCCCCGAAGACUUCAUACUGCAUCAUCUGCCCUGACGCUGCAAUGUCCUCGCUCCGGCUGUUACCUCUGUUGCACUCCCUCCUUCUCCUCCAAGUUCAUCUCUCAGACCAGUUAGAAGACAACAAGAUCCCCCCCAGUCUGUGCACUGGUCACCCCGGUAUCCCCGGCUCUGCUGGAGCUCACGGUGGUCCGGGUCAACCAGGAAGAGACGGGAGGGACGGGAGGGACGCUGCUGCGGGGGAGAAGGGACAGAUAGGGGAAACAGGAGACCCAGGUGAGACAGGAGUGCGAGGCCUGACGGGGGACAGAGGUGAUAAUGGAGAAAAGGGGGAGAGGGGUCAGGCAGGAGAGUGUGCAGUGGCCCCAAAAUCUGCCUUCAGUGUCAAACUCUCCGAGGGCCACGCUCUACCCCUCACUGUGGGCGAUGUGGUCCGUUUUGACCAGGUUGUGAUCAAUGAACAGAGCGACUACAACACGGAGACGGGACGCUUCACCUGCAAAGUACCAGGAGUGUACUACUUUGCAGUCCACGCUACAGUGUACCGAGCCAGCCUGCAGUUUGACCUGAUGAAGAACGCACACAUUGUGGCAUCUUACUUUCAGUACUACGGCAACUGGCCUAAACCAGCGUCUCUGUCGGGCGGCUCCCUGCUCCACCUCGUCCCUGGGGACCAGGUGUGGGUCCAGAUGGCUCUCUCGGAGUACAAUGGGUUUUACUCCAGCACAAAGACAGACAGCACCUUCAAUGGCUUCCUGGUCUACUCAGACUGGAAAAACUCUGCUGUGUUUGCAUGACACGUGCCUAUGAACAAAACAAAGUCAUAUUCUACUUUGGGAAAUGACACAACCUGCCUUUUAUUUUCCUUUUUCAGUUUUCUAAUUGAAUAGUUCUGGAUAGGCAGUGACUUGGUACAUCUGUAUUUGUGUAAUGAGUAUAAAACACUCCAGACUUUGUUACUUUAAUGGCACAUGCCUUACUGGUGAAGUGUGAGGCAUAUGCGCUGUUUACUCAGUGUCUGUUCUUUAUCUGCUGCCUUUAAACUGCUGCAACCUUCAA